CGGGAAGGCAUUGAAGGCGGAACCGUUUCACAGGACCGCCGAGUGGGAAAAACGAACUUGUAACGGAACCGUCUUCGCCCCGCUGUUUUGUUACAUCGAUUUAGAUUCCAAUUCCACCCAAGUACAUACACUCCGUUUAUUUUGACACAAUUGUUGGAUUUUUCGAGAGGAAAUGAGUGCCAAGUUGAUCGAAAAUGGAAUUCAAGAGCUCCUCAAGAAAUUUGACACCAUGACAAUUGAAUUUAUCUCCGAGUUACUACAGAAAUGGAAGACCAUGUAUGUUGUCGAUGAUAUUUUCAUUGACAAAAAAUUCAAACAGUUAUUAAAUUAUUUAGAGGAAUUUUAUUCGGAGAUUCUAGAAUCAUCUGAAAAAAGGAAAGAGGAGCUUAUAAAAGAGAUUGAAGACAAGCUUAAAGAGCAUUCCUUGCUUCAGAAGGAACUGCGGUUAGAAAUAAAGCGAAAUGUUAAAGAAAAUGAACCGCUAACUGUGGUCAUCAGCAAGUUGGAUGAUGCAAUGAGUGAAUAUAAGGAGUUGAAGAAUAUGCGCAUAAAAAAAAUGGAAGCUUUGAAAUUAAAGGAAACUGAGCUUUGUGCACUGUUAUCCCGACCAGAGCUUGAAAUCAAUGACCCAGUACCUUCUGAAGCACAGCUUAUUCAAAUUGAAGAAUAUAUUUUUAAACUUCAACAAGAAAAGAUUGAAAAACAAAGCAUCUAUCACACGGCCAAAGCAAGAAUCACAGAAAUGAUGGGACGUCUUGAACAGGAGCCUCAGCUGGCAUUUGAAAAAGAGGUCUUCGGAGAAAAGUUCAUACUCUCAGACGAAAAUUUGAAACAACUGAAAGCUCUUGAAUCGUGCCUGGAAAAUGACAUUGAACAUGCUGAAAUGAAAAUAUCUCUAUUGAAAGCAAAACUUGAGAAAUUGUGGAGUCGAAUAAAUGUUGAUAGGGACUACAAACAAGAGUUUUUUGUCAAGUAUAAGGGUGUUGGAAAAUCAGUGUCAGAUGCAUUCAUGGCUGAACUGGAACGAUGCGAGGAGAUCAAACUGGCUAACAUUAAGCCUAUGGUGUUAAAUGCACGGCAAGAAAUUUCAGACCUAUGGGACAAAUUGACAUAUGUUGAUGAGCAGCGGAAAGAAUUCCAUCCUUAUUACACAGAUCUUUUCUCUGAGGAUGUACUCGAUCUCCACGAGAUGGAGUGCACAAAGCUCCACAAUUUUUACGAAGAGAACAAGUUGAUCUUUGAACUGGCCGACAAGAGGGAAGUCCUUUGGCAGAGGAUGCUUCAUUUGGAAGAUGUAGCACAAGACAAGUCAAGAUUGUUUAAUAAUCGUGGUGGGAAGCUCUUAAAAGAAGAAAAAGAAAGAAAACAUUUGGAGAAUAGUCUACCAAAAAUUGAUGCACAACUGAGGCAAGAAUUAAGUAAUUUUCAAGAGAACCACGGCACUCCAUUUUUGUGGUAUGGCGAAGAUCUUUUGGCAAAGAUCAACUCUUCAUGGGAAGAACGGGCCCAAUUGAAACAAUCAAAAAUACAAUCAAGGAAAAAUGUUCAAAAAUCAGAAGCAAAUGCUCCUAUGUCUGCGAAGAGGAAGACCCCGAUGACUCCGAAGGUUGUAGGAAAUAAAAAAGUUUGCAGACGGCAAGACGAGUCACAGGGCGUAGGCAACCAAACAAUCAUUAUUUCAGGAUCGGAUACCAAUGGGAAAGUUUAUCAAGCGAAGUGUUUAAAGAAAACACCUUCCAGUCAGGUAUAUCCAAUUCAAGCUAUGACACCAGCUCCUGCUGAUGUCAGCAAUGCAAGUAUUGCUUCAUACUCACAUUUUCAGGAACAAAUUGAGUCCGUGUAUCUAGUAACUCCCAAGAGUUGUAAUGGGAAGCGGCCCGCGCAAAAAGAAAACGACGCUUCCCCAAUUAGGACACACUCGUCACCAACAGCGACACCGAAGAGUGCCAAAAGGACCCGGUAUAUAACUACUGGGCUAACAACGCCAAAAAUAACACCAAGGAGGCUCAUCACAGGAAGUGCAUCAGAAAAAAAAAGACUUCUUCCCAGAUAAAAAUAUAACAUAUAAAAAAAUGUUUUCUUACUUUUAUUUUAACCAUAUAUAUCUGUUAUAUUUACUGAACAUAAAACAAACGUUGUGCAUGCAAUGUUGAUACUCAUAAUUGCUGUAUAAAAAACUUGUUUCUUUUUUUAAUUGAGAGGUUCAAUCACACUUUAUACUAUAUAUUUUAAACUUCUGUGAUUUGUGUUUGGAAAUGAUUAUUAAAGUUUUUCUUUGUUUUUUAA